GUGCCUGAACUUGAUCGUGAAGGAGAUGAGGGAGCUGGACAAUAUACAGCACGAGACAAAAUAAGGAAGAACUGCAUAAGGAUCAUAGAUCCACCAUUGGAAGGAGUUUCAAUAGGAACUCAAGGAGGCAUUACUGAAGGACUUUCAUCAGCGCUGUGUGUUGUGUGCAGCGAUAGCGAUGUUGAGGCACAAGAAUUGUUUAAUGUGACAAGUUCUUCGGAUAGUAGUUUGGUUGAAACGUCAACUUCUAAUGCUCAGCCUAGUGAGGCACUAGAUAACAUUUUUCGUUCUACUGAAGGAGAACACUCACCAAAGAGCGUUCCGGUGGAGAAAUCUCCGUCACCAGAGCAAUCAGCAUUGCCAUUUGAGAAAUGCUCCCCAAUGUGGGACUCUUUUGAAUCCAUGGAAGCAUUUCGUGUGAUGCCUCAACGACCCCAUUUUCGCCCCUUGGAGAAAUUAUGCAAAGAUUUUCGCGAAGGGAUGGCUAUUGGUCUAAUGGUGACUUUCAGCAACUUAGUGAACAACAUCGACAGGUUGGCCAUAUCAGAUUCCUUUCACAAGUUUGAUGGCAUACUGAAGACCCUUGAUCAUUUGGAGAGAUACGGUUUCGAUGUGCAAUGCAUAAGAGCCCGCCUGUUGGAGCUAACAAGGCUUAAAAAUAACCAGGAUCGACUUGCUGAUGAGGGUUCAACGUUGAAAAUCCUGCUUGGUAAAAAGCAAAAGAAGAACGAGCAGUUAAAUAAGCAGAUUGAAUCAUUCAAUAACGUGUCCGAGGAGUUAGAAAAAUCUCUUACUCGUUUGCGCGAAGAGAAGAGUAAUAUUUUCAAAAGGAAAAGAGAGAAUGACUCUGAAUUGCAUAGAUUAGAAAUGGAUUCGAGAAGAAUUGAAGAUGAACUUUUAUCUGCUCAACAUGAUUUUGAGGCCGCCCGUCGUGCUUUGUCCUAGAAUUUUCUAGGGUAAGCAGUGGCCUCUUUUUUUUUUUUUUUUUUUUUUUUGUGAUGUGAUAUCAAUAUACUAUCUCUGUGUUGUAUAUUGCUUCAGCAUGUAUAUUUUACUAGAUUAUGCUCACCCAUUCCUUUGUUAGUUUCAUCCUCAUGCCCCAUCCCCAUGUUGGGAUUAUAACAUGAAGAUGAAAUAUGUAAUGUAUUUUCAAUCAUCAUCAUCAUCAUCAUUGUUGUUGUUA